CUGAUAUUUGACAAUUAUUUUUACUACCAUCUUUUAAAUCCCUCAUCCUCCUUCUCUCCAGAAAAGAGAACACAAAACGACAACGUUUAACCAAACACCACUCGACUCUUUCGGACAUCCUCUUCCUUGUCUUCUGUGUUUAACAGAUUUAGAUUUUUCCCACACAAUGCCCUAAAAAAAAAUAUCUCAAAUCAACAUCUCUUUUCAAAAAACAAAAAACCCUAAUUUCAAUCUCUUUCUCUUUGAUCUCUCAAUCCUCUUGAUAAUGGCUUCCUCCUCCAUCCCCGUCGCUAACCACCACUCUCCCUCCUCCGACGACGCUUCUCCGGCCCCUGAAACCAAAAAUCCCUCGGAAGAUCCCACUUCGCUGAGGAGAACGAGGCCUUCACGCGCCUGCACUGUCAGGGCGCAGCAGCGGCUCCAAGAGCAGCAAGCUGCGGAGAGAAAGGUCAGGCCUUUGAAGAAGGAGUUUAAACGUGAGGUUGAGGAAGAAGAAGAUGAUGAUGAUGAGGACGAGGAAGAGGAAGAGGAAGAUGAGAAUCCACGGCAAUGCGUUGGAGGAGGAGGGAGUUUAGGCAAAAGCAAAAUAGUUACUUCACUCGUUCAGCCACCGGAGGCUUCGCAGAUGCCGCGGUGGAAUCUUAGGUCUAUGUGGGAACUUGCUUCCGUCCUCAACUUCUUGCAUGUUUUUAGGCCGCUUUUGAAGAUCAAUGCGGAGUUUUCAGCUGAGGAGUUUGAGACGGCUUUGCUCAAUCCUAACGAUACUUUGAGUGACAUUCAUAUUCCUCUGUUAAAGGCCAUUCCUCCUGCAACGAGAACGGCCCUCACACGUGAUACCUGGGUCACUGUCUUGUGCAGGAAAAUUAGAGAUUGCUGGCAUUGGUUCGCCGAAGGGGACCUUCCUAUUAUUGCCUCGCAAGGGCGGGAGAUUGAAGUAUACAAAUCUCUUGAUCCAGCCAUUCGUGUGGUGAUUUUGAAAGCUUUAUGUGAUAUUCGUGUUGAGCAAGAUGAUAUCAGGAGCUACAUUGACAACUCCCUUAAAACUGGUGUUCAUUUGUCAGCUUUUCGUAAAGAUCGCGUUGGGGGUGAUUCACAUGGAGUUAAUUUUUGGUAUGAGGAUGAUCCCUUAGUUGGUCACCGUUUAUAUCGGGAAAUAAGGAAGGUAGAGGUGGCCAAGGUCAAAACGAAGGGUUCCAAGAUUCUUCCUAACGUAACAUACCAAUGGGAAACUGUUGCCACUAAUUUUGAUGAAUUCCAAGAUGUUUCUGAGAAACUUAAUUCAAGCAGUAGUAGAAUUGAGGUUUCUCUAGGGAAGAAGUUAACGAGAGAUAUGCUUCCCGAGAUAGAAAAAGAACACAAGAGGAAAGAAAAAUUAUUGAAAAAGCAACAUAGACAGGCUCUUCUCCUUGAUAACUAUUUAGUUGUUGACGGUCUUGGUGCUGGCCGUUCUCUCCGUGACAGGAAGCGAGUUAGAUACACUUUUGAUGAUUAUGAUAGGUCGAUAAAUGAAGCUAUCAAGAUAACAAAGAAGAAACAUCCAUCACUAGAAGAACCUUUUCUCCACAGAAGAGAAUCAGCCAGAUUGGACGCUCUUGCGAAUGGCACUUCGACAAGUUCAACCCACCCUACUGAGCCUGUGAACGAUACAGCAUCUGCAGGAUCUUCUGAUUUUGCUGACUCUGAUGAGUUCGAUGAGCAGAGAGAUGAAUCCAUGGACAGAAGUAACAGGCGCAGACAACGGCCCCAGAGGUAUUCAGCUACGGACUUUGUUGAAACUGUUUCAGACAAUGAUGCAGAAAUUGAAAGCGAUGAUGACAUUGUUGGGGAAGCAGUUUAUGAUGAAGAAUAUCUGAAGAAGCGUAAACAGAAGAAGUUAUCUAGUGGUUCUGAGGGAGAGGAAGAGAAUGGAGAUGAAGAGUACAAAUGGGAUGAAGACAAUGCCGAGUACGAGGAGGAGGAAGAAGAAGAAGAUGAAGAUUCCUUAAGUGGUAGCGAAGAAGAUAGUGAUGAACCCCGGAGAGGUAAGAAAAUGCCACGGAGAGAAGCUAAGUCAAGAUCAAGGUCAAGGUCAAAUAAUUUCCAGCCAGGCCUGAGACGUAGUAAAAGAGCCACAAGAAUCGAUUACCAACAAUAUGAGCUCUCAGAGUCAGACAAAGAAGCACCAGGAGCGGCUAAACGUAAACGAUUGGUUGAGCCAGAUGAACAUUCUGAUGAAUCAGGGAAUGGGAAUUUCACAAUGGGAAGUGAGGGCUCGGAAGAAAAUGCAAAUGACCCUGAAACAGAAUCUGCUGAAGAGGAAGAAGAGCCCAGAGAGGUCAAUGACAAUGCAGAGAAAACUAAUGGUACAGAGAAUAAUAUUCAACUGAACAAAUCAAACGGCACAGACCAAGAAGAAGUUGAGGGUGUAGUAGGCAAAAGGCAUUACCUCGAUUUAAACGAGCUUGCUCCUGUUUCUGGUUUUGAUGAUGGUCCAAGUACAGCUUUGAAGGAUGAUGAUAAGACAGACAAUCUAUAAACAAGACAUAGAGACUUCUCUUUGCCGUCUUAAAGCUCCCUCUGGUCAAUCACCAUUGUUGUAUGAUAAGCAAGAUUUUUACGAGUUAUAUCUGGCAGAAACCCCUUCCAGAGAAGUUGAACGGUAAUCUGCAUUCAAGCAUAUAUCUGCCUUGUUGUUCUUAAGUUAUUCAGGCAAACUCGGCUGAUAAGUGAAGUGGAGAAUGUUGGAGAGGCCUAAGAAAAGUAUGUGUAGAUUAGUUUAGUCAUUUUUUUUCUUACCCUGAAAAGGAAACAAUGAAGAGGGUGAACCAGAGAUUCCUAAGAGCUGUUGGUUAUGGAGUGUUAUUAUUAGUGUACACUUAACUUUUGUAUUAACCUUAUAAACACGUUCAUGGUCUCUUAGAUUUUGGUAAAACUACGCAGCUUUGAGACUUUGUU